CGGUCCCCCAAUAGCCGACUUCACCUACCUACUUAACUACCUCCUUGCCCGACCCUUUCUCAUCGCCGCAACUUCAAAAACACCUGGACUCUCCUUCACCUCGAGCAUCUCCCUCCUCUUUCAUCUACCCGUGAUCGUAGCCAGCCACCCGCCACUUGCCCAACCAAAGCUACUUUACGGCAUACCGCCCUGGACACCACCCAUACCAUCCAACAUGUCUACCUCUCUUGACCAACUGAAGGCCGCUGGCACGGUCGUCGUCAGCGACUCUGGUGACUUCGCCUCCAUCGGCAAAUAUAAGCCGCAAGACGCCACCACCAACCCUUCCCUCAUUCUCGCCGCAUCCAAGAAGCCCGAAUAUGCCCAGUUGAUUGACUCGGCCGUCGCCUAUGCCAAGGGCAAGGGUGGCAGCAUUGACAGCCAGGUCGAUGCUGCCCUCGACAGACUCCUCGUCGAGUUCGGCAGAGAGAUCCUCAAGAUCAUCCCCGGAAAGGUCUCCACUGAGGUGGACGCUCGAUUCUCUUUCGACACCAAGGCCUCCGUCGACAAGGCCCUUCACAUCAUCGAUCUAUACAAGGAGCAAGGCAUCCCCAAGGAGCGCAUCUUGAUCAAGAUUGCGUCCACGUGGGAGGGCAUCAAGGCCGCGGAGAUCCUGCAGCGCGACCACGGCGUCAACUGCAACCUGACCCUCAUGUUCUCCAUCGUCCAGGCCAUCGCUGCCGCCGAGGCUGGUGCUUUUCUCAUCUCCCCCUUCGUCGGUCGCAUCCUCGACUGGUACAAGGCCGCGACGAAGAAGGAGUACGCCAAGGAAGACGACCCCGGUGUCAAGUCCGUCGAGGCCAUCUUCAAUUACUACAAGAAGUACGGCUAUAAAACCAUUGUCAUGGGCGCUUCGUUCCGAAACAUUGGCGAAAUCACCGAACUCGCUGGAUGUGACUACCUAACCAUCUCCCCUAACCUGCUGGAAGAGCUGCUGAACUCCUCGGCCCCCGUGCCCAAGAAGCUUGACGCCGCCAAGGCGAGCACGCUCGACAUCGCCAAGAAGACGUACAUUAACAGCGAGGCGGACUUCCGCUUCGACUUCAACGAGGAGCAGAUGGCCGUCGAGAAACUGCGUGAAGGUAUCAGCAAGUUUGCCGCUGACGCCAUAACCCUCAAGGACAUUAUCAAGAAGAAGAUUUCGGCGUAAGAAAGAGAACAGUGAUGGUCCCUCCCAGUGAAGGAAAAAAAAAGGGGGUAAUACGCGAAAGGUUGCAAAGUUGUGAGGAGGGUGCAUGAGGGAAUUGCCUUUUCCACCACUUAGAUACUUUGCCUGUCUGACCUACCAAACAUGUACUCCUCUCAUUUUCCCAGGCGGAGACGUUAUAGAUCGUUAUCAGAAUGAAUAAAAAAGAAAUAAUACUAUAA